AUGUCAAUGUAUCACCACCACCAAGCAGAGCUGGGAGAAAGACCGAACUACGGCUGGCUGCAAACCAUGUACUUUUCCACUAGUCAACAACUUAUACACCAAGACCCCGUGUAUUACCUACUCUAUAUCCUGGCCUGCUCUGAUCACAACUGGAAGCUUAUUUUAUACCCCUGCUACGCGACGUUUACACAGCCGAACGACAGCACCUUCUUCUGUUAUAUUGAUAUCAAUAUGACUAAGGCAGUGAAGACCGGCCGUGGAGCCCACGCUAUACAAGGAUCCCUUUUGCUUGAUAAUAAAUGGAGGGCAAUUAUAACUGAAGGUGGCACCUGGUCGGAAUUGGCAGUGGUAUACAGAGAUCUGGUAACUGGUCCGAUGGUACCAUCAUGA